GAUGUAUGUGUGUGUGUUCAGUGGACCACUCCUCAUAACUAUGCAGCUGCAGGAUGGCCGGGAGCUUCUACAAAGGAUGCUUCCUCUCCAUGUUCGACUACAAGACGAAAACAUUCAUUGUCACCAAAAAUAAGAGAGUUGGAGUUUUGUACAGACUUAUUCAGUUAUCCAUCAUCGGUUACAUUAUAGGGUGGGUUUUCUUAAGCGAGAAAGGCUACCAGGAGACGGACGAGGCCAUCCAGAGCUCUAUAAUAACCAAACUGAAGGGAGUCUCAAUGACGAACACCACUGAGUCCGGUGUGCUGGUGUGGGGACCGGAGGACUACGUCAUCCCCCCACAGGGUGAAGCUGUUCUGUUUGUUGUAACCAAUUUCUUAGAGACGCCAAACCAGAAGCUGGGACACUGUGCUGAGAGCCUCAAAGUGCUGGACGGUCACUGUCGAGAUGACGAUGACUGUGAAGAGGGGAAGAUGGUGGUGGCUGGUAACGGAAUUAUGAGCGGCAGGUGUUUGGGAAAAGACGAAAACUCAACUGGUACCUGUGAAGUCUACGGCUGGUGUCCCAUCGAAAGGAAAUCCGAACCACAAGGCCCUCUGCUCUCAAACGCUGAAAACUUCACCAUCUACAUCAAGAAUUUCAUCCAUUUCCCCAAAUUCACGUUUUCAAAGUCAAACGUUUUUGAAACGACGGACAACUCCUAUUUGAGGAAAUGUCGAUUUGAGGAGGGGCUGCACCCCUACUGCCCCAUCUUUCGCCUGGGUGACAUCACCAGACUUGCUGGGUACAACUUCCAGGACAUGGCCACAUUUGUAAGUAAAAGAAAAUGUGACAACAAAAAGGGGGAGAGAAAUUCGGAGGAUGAGGGUGGCUCCAUUGGCAUCAUGAUAGAGUGGUACUGUGACCUCGACAAAGGCAACUCCAACUGCCAUCCGCAGUACCGCUUCACUCGCAUGGACGUCAGCAUCACCAAGCAGACCAUCGCAGAAGGGUUCAACUUCCGACACACUCGGUACUUUAAAAAUGCCGCAGGUGAGAGCUAUCGAUCGCUAUUCAAAGUCUACGGGAUCCGAUUCAACAUCAUGGUGCACGGAAAGGCCGGGAAGUUCAGCAUCAUCCCCACAAUCGUAAACGUUGCUUCGGGGAUGACUUUGAUAGGCGGGGGAGCAUUAUUCUGUGACAUGGUCCUCCUCUACCUCAUGAAGAAGGGCGACUCCUAUCGAGAGAGGAAGUUUCAACGAUUCAAAAUGAAGAAGUCUGAAGACAACGGUGUGGAGGACAGAAAGGGAGCCACGGAGCAUGACAACCUGACGUCUUAGUUUGUCAUAUGAUGGUUAUAUUGUACAACCCAAUUAAAAUGAGACACAGCUCUUGGUUUAAUAGGUUUAAUCUUAAUGUGUUUCAAGAUGCGAACUUGCCUCUAUUUUUAGGAAUUUAAACUCAAAUUAUGAACACAUGUUCCAUUCACUUUUAUACCAGAUUUCAGCAACAUGGCCUGAAAACAGGUGAUGAAACAGGUAUGCUGACUCUGAUAUACACAUAUACGAGUUAUUACAAGGUUUAUAUGGACUGUAAAAAUGUAAUUUAAACAAUUUAAAUAAUUGUUUAGACCACAGAGUCCUCACACAGUGGCUCUGUGUUUAUGCUAUAUCACUGAGGUGGUUCCUCGCCUUCUUCUGAGAGGAAGAGCGUUUAUGCUCUUUGUAUAUAUAUAUAUAUAUAUAUAUAUAUAUAUAUAGUGUGUAUAUGUUAGUCACACUCGCAGAGUGACUCAAGGGACAAAACCCACUCACACACAAGGAGAACACGCUAACUUCACCCAGACAAGUUAGCGUUUACCUUAAAUCGAUCUCCAUUUUAAUCUCUACAUUGAUUAUUGCUUGAUUUGUGAUGUUGUAAUGUUGUUAAUUUGAAUUAAAUGUAUACCACAUGA